GGGAGUGGGCGCUCAGACUGCACGUUCGCGAGCGCGGCGCCUACUGUGACCUGGUGACCAUGGCGGGGCCGCAGCCCUUGGCUCUGCAACUGGAACAGCUGUUGAAUCCGAGACCGCGUGAGGCGGAUCCUGAGGCCGACCCGGAGGACGCCACCAGAGCCAGAGUGAUUGACAGGUUUGAUGAAGGAGAAGAGAAGGAAGGUGAUUUGGCAGUGAGUAACAUUAGAAAAUUGGCAUCCUCCUCCCUCUUGGACACAGACAGAAGGUAUUCUGGCAGGACCACUUCUAGGAAAGCUUGGAAAGAAGACCACUGGGAGCAGGCUCCGCCAAGUUCAUCUGACAAGGAAAUAUCUGAUGAAGAAGGAUCUGGAGAUGGAGAUUCAGAGGGCCUGGAGGAGGAAGAGGAGGAGGAGGCGGAAGAAGAGGAACUAAGUGCUGCUGAGGAAGAGGAUGCUGCUGAGGAUGCUGUCCCCACUGGGACGAGCAGUCUGGCCCAGAAGAGGAAGGGCAGAAGGCGUUCUGUAGAAAUGCCAGGCUUCACUUUCCAAAACAUUAGUGAUUUUGAGAAAUUUACAGAAGGAAUGGAUGACAUUGGGAGCGAUGAGGAGGAGGAAGAUGAAGGGGAAGAGAGUGGCAUGGAAGAAGGAGAUGUGGAGGAAGACUUAGAAGGUGAGAGUGAGGAAGACAGGGAAGGAGAAAGGAACAGUGAAGAUGGCGGUGUGGUGAUGACUUUCUCCAGUGCCAAGGUCUCUGAGGAGGUGGAGAAAGGAAGAGCUGUGAAGAAUCAGAUAGCAUUGUGGGACCAGCUCUUGGAAGGAAGGAUCAAACUACAAAAAGCUCUGUUGACUACCAAUCAGUUGCCUCAACCAGAUGUUUUCCCUGUCUUCAAGGACAAAGGUGGCCCAGAAUUUGCCAGUGCUCUAAAAAACAGUCACAAAGCACUUAAAGCAUUGUUAAGGUCAUUGGUGGAUCUUCAGGAAGAAUUGCUUUUCCAGUACCCAGACACUAGAUAUCUAGUAAAUGGGACGAAGCCCAAAACAGGGAGUGAGGAGAUUUCUAGUGAAGAUGAUGAGCUAGUGGAAGAGAAGCAGCAGCAGAGAAGGGCCCCCCCGAAGAGGAAGCUGGAGAUGGAGGAUUACCCCAGCUUCAUGGCCAAGCGCUCUGCUGACUUCACCGUUUACAGGAACCGCACCCUGCAGAAGUGGCAUGAUAAAACCAAGCUUGCUUCCGGAAAACUGGGCAAGGGUUUCGGUGCCUUUGAACGCUCGAUCUUGACUCAGAUCGAUCAUAUUCUGAUGGACAAAGAAAGAUUACUGCGGAGGACACAGACCAAGCGAUCUGUCUACCGAGUUCUUGGCAAACCUGAGCCAGCUCCUGAGCCUGUCACAGAGAGUUUGCCAGGAGAACCGGAGACCCUUCCUCAAGUCCCUGCCAAUGCUCACCUGAAGGACUUGGAUGAAGAAAUAUUCGAUGAUGAUGACUUUUACCACCAGCUCCUUCGAGAACUCAUAGAGCGGAAAACCAGUUCCUUGGAUCCAAAUGAUCAGGUGGCCAUGGGAAGGCAGUGGCUUGCAAUCCAGAAACUACGAAGCAAAAUCCGCAAGACGGUAGAUAGAAAAGCCAGCAAAGGAAGGAAACUUCGGUUCCAUGUCCUCAGCAAGCUCCUGAGUUUCAUGGUACCUAUUGACCACACGGCAAUGAAUGAUGACGCCAGAACCGAGUUGUAUCGAUCUCUUUUUGGCCAGCUCAACCGUCCUGACAUAGACCAUGGGGACUGACAUCGACAUCUCACUCUGGACCCCAAUACAGGGCCCACCCGCUGCUUCCAGAUGAGGCUGACGUGA